CGACGAGUAGUCGAGCGUAGCAGGUGCGCCACUGGACUCCAACGCCGACGAGCCGCCGGCCGCAGCGGGCGGACUCCAGGGUUCCAGCGCCGACGAGCUGACGGCCGUAGCGAGCGCGCUCCAGGAUUCACGCACCGACGAGCCGCCGGCCGCAGCAGGCGCGCUACUGGACUCCAGCGCCGACGAGCCGCCGGCCGGAGCGGGCCGGCUCUAAGAUCCACGCACCGACGAGCCGCGGGCCGCCGCGGCCGGCCUCCAUACGGAGGACGACACAACAUCACCGUUCAGAGUGUUAAUGGAAACAGACGAUACUGAACUGGGGCCGGACGCGGCAGGCGACGUACGCUGUGUUGCGCUGGGCAAAACAGUCCAAGAUGCUGGUAGCGGGUGAAAUACGCAGCUGCUCGUCGUCUCCUAGAGCGCCGCGGACGCCGUGGACUGUGCCAUCAAAGUCGACGGAAAGUCGGUUCCAGCAGCCGACCGUCUCAAACUACUCGGAGCCACCCCCUCAACCUGCUCCUUCACUUCGGGGCCCAUUGCCGCAGUCUCCGCUCCCGAGUGCGCCCCGGAUCCAGCAGCUUCGCAAGCUGACAGCGCGGCGCUGGGGACUAGAGGAACGACAGCUCUGCGCUGUAGCGUCUGGAUACGUCCGUGGAGUGCUGGUGCACGCGGCCGCCACCUGGCUCCCGGUGACGCCACAAUCCCACGUGGAACUCCUCCAAAGGGAGAUGCAGGCGGUGACCCGUAUAUCACCGGCUGCCCCUUGUUUAUCCCAGCCCACGCAGUGAUGGUGAAGUCCGGACUGAUGCCGGUGCCCGCUGGCCGCCCGGCGAGACGUGCUGGUAGCGAAGCUCUUCGCCAAGGCGCACGCGCUCCCCGAGGGCAAGCCCUCAGGACUAUCGCGGAAGAUGGGCCGCCCAGCCGACUGAAGUCGGUGACGGGCUGGCGUGGGGUGGGGCACGAAACCUGGCGAGCGGCUGGGAUAAUCUCUGAUUCAUGCUCGUGUCGCCAGUCGCGAGUGACAUCUGUGUGCGGCGCGCGCGUCCAAGAUGGCGGGCGGCGAUGAGGCGCAGUCGGCCGCCGCCGCCGAGAAGCCGUCUGAGAUGGAGCUACUUCGGGGCAUGCUGCAGCAGCAAUUGGAGCUGGCUGCAGCGGCAGCGCGACGUGAGGAGCGGAUGGCGGCGCUGUUGGAGCGGGUGCUUCCCGGCCCGACGGCCGUGCAGGACGCCACGGCACCCGCCCAGGCAGCCGCGGGGCCCGAUUCCGGCGCCCGGCCGCGUGCACGCAUGCCCGCCGCCGGCACGCCCACGCCCCGGCUGGCGGCUACCGCUACCCUCAAGGAGUUUGAGGCCUGGAAAGAGAAGUUCUCCGGCUACUGCCUCCUCACCGGCGUCCACGAUCUCACCGAGGCUGAGCAGCGGGCCGCCCUGCUCGCUGUUCUCGACGACGACUGGGCCCGCGUGGUCCGGUUUGGCCUGCCCAUCCCGGCCGAGGCGUCCAUGGCCGAUGUAAUCACCGCCAUGCACACCCACCUUCGGCGGCAGCGGAACGUGGUGAUCGACCGCUGCGAGUUUAACAUGCGGAUGCUGGAGCCAGGCGAGUCAGUGGACGAUUUUAUCUGCGCCCUGAAGGAGAUAGCGUCCUGCUGUGAUUUUUGCCCGAACUGCACCGAUGAUAGGUUCCGAGACCAUCUGGUGGUGGGCACCAGUGAUGACGAGGCCAGACGCCGCAUGCUGGAACUGCCCGAUCUGACCUUCCAGAUGGCCGCCGACCUGUGCCGGGCGUCCGAGAGCGCCCGUCUCAACAGCUCGGCGAUCCGUGGCCCGGGCGAGCCGUCUCUGCGCCGGCUCUCCGAGUACCGGCGACAGCGCGGUCGGCCGAGCGGCGCGGACUCGCGCUCGGCCGACCAGACCCGGCGGUGUGACCGCUGCGGUGCCGCGCAGCACACGGACGGUCGUGCCUGCCCCGCCCUGGGUCGCACCUGCCACCGAUGGCCACGAACGGGACCACUUUUCCUCGGUCUGUCGGCAUGCCGCGGGCACUGAAGAGCGGCGCCGGCAGACGCCUAGUUCCGAGCGCAGCCACCAGGGACAGGACUGGCGCUUCCGUAGCGCGAGCAGCAGCCGCCAGGGGAGGGGCCGGCGCCACCGUAGCGCAAUCAGCCGCCGCCGUGUCAGCACGGCUGCCGACGCGUCGCACCGGCAGGUUUCGGUGCUGGCAGCGAAUGCAACCACGAGAGACACGGGGAACCGGCAGCAGUCAGCGCCGCCGGCAGCCCGGACGCCGGGCGCGCGCCUCAACAUUGUGACGGCCCACCGGUCGCCGCAGGUCCGGCUACAGCUGCACCUGCCAAACGGAGUCAGGCGGACGACCGUAUGGACGCCCGACACAGGCGCCGAGAUAUCAGCCCUCUCACUGCAACAAGCCGAGUCCAUGGGAGUGAGCAGAGCGGACCUCACGCCCUCCACGGCUGUGCUGUGGGCCGCCGACAGCCGCCGGCUGGACUGUGUGGGCACGUGCGCCCUCACCCUGCAGCUCGGUGACGUCAUACAGACCGUGCAGGUGUCCGUUCUGCGAGCACUGCACUCACCACUGCUGUCGUGGCACGAUUGUAUCGGCCUGGGAAUUCUACCGGCGAGCUUUCCCCGGCAGAUUUGCCAGCGCGGCUCGGCAGCCGAGACUGGGACGGACGGUGGGGCACCGGAGCCGCCGCCGCCCGGCGAGCCGCCUGAGGCCCCCGCCGCCGGCAGACAGCCCGCACUACGGCGCUGCAGCGGCACGACGGCGGCACCUGAGGAGACCCGGGACAUAAGCCGCGUCUCUGCCGCCGACCGGCCGGCCGCCAGCUCGGC